ACUCUCAAGUUUGGAUUUCCCAAUAACUAUCGAAUAAAAUUAAUAAAUUUGUAAACGGAAACAAACCAUGUGCUAACAUGGCGAUUUUUCGUAAUCGUCAACAUCAUUCAUAGCAAAUUGUACUAUAGUGUUCGAUUGUUAUGGGAUUAUCAUUUGAUGUACAGUGCUAUUUGCUUUUUGACCUAUUUUCGUUGUUUCUUUCACCGUAAAUAAAUAUUACAUCACAAUGAGUGUCGACGCGUAUGGUCCGAGUUCUCAAACGCUAACAUUCCUGGAGACUGAAGAGGCUGAUCUAAUCGGUGCUGACACCCAGGGGUCCGAGUUUGAAUUUACCGAUUUCACUAUCCCGUCUCAGAGCCAAACACCCGCGUCUCAACACGACCAUGGUUUGACUACAUCCAACCAGGUAAAUGGUCUAGGGCGAUCAGACCUAAGUUCCAAAGUUUCGAGUGUUGCUAAUGCUAUAGCAGAGUUGCAGUUUGAGGAAGAAGAUGAAGCCUUGUACAGCAGCAAGGAACUGCCUGAUCAUGCAUGCAAAUACUGCGGCAUUCAUGACCCCUCCACGGUCGUUAUGUGCAAUAUCUGUAACAAGUGGUUCUGCAAUGGAAGGGGUAACACCUCUGGAUCACAUAUUAUUAACCAUCUGGUGAGGGCCAAGCAUAAGGAAGCAGCUUUACACCGUGAUGGACCUCUUGGGGAAACCUUGCUUGAAUGUUAUUCAUGUGGUGCCCGGAAUGUAUUUGUUCUGGGAUUUAUUCCAGCAAAAGCAGAUUCUGUUGUUGUUCUUCUGUGUCGCCAGCCAUGUGCUGCACAAAGUUCCCUGAAAGAUAUGAACUGGGAUCAAGAGCAAUGGAAGCCUUUAAUUUCGGAUCGCGCUUUCUUGUCCUGGCUUGUUAAAGUACCUUCAGAGGCAGAGCAAAUGCGAGCAAGACAGGUCACACCUCAGCAGAUUGGACGCCUGGAAGAGCUUUGGCGCGACAAUGUGGAUGCUACUUUUCAAGAUUUGGAGAAGCCUGGUGUGGAUGAAGAGCCUCACCAAGUUCUAUUAAGAUAUGAAGAUGGGUACCAAUACCAGAACAUAUUUGGUCCACUUGUAAAAUUGGAAGCUGAUUAUGACAAAAGGCUCAAGGAGUCCCAAACUCAAGAAGGGAUUGAAGUGCGCUGGGAUGUGGGGCUCAAUAAAAAAACUAUUGCCUAUUUCACUUUGGCAAAGACUGAUAGUGACAUGAAAUUAAUGCAUGGAGAUGAGUUGAGACUGAGAUAUGUAGGCGAACUGCACAAAGCGUGGUCCGGAGUUGGACAUGUGAUCAAAGUGCCUGAUAACUAUGGUGAUGAUGUUGGCCUUGAGCUGAAGAGUGGGGCUGGUGCACCCCUCGAUUGCACCUCCAACUUUGUUGUGGACUUCAUAUGGAAGAGCACAUCUUUUGACAGAAUGCAGUUGGCGCUACGUAAAUUCGCGGUGGACGACUCGUCUGUAUCGGGCUACAUCUACCGUCGCCUGUUGGGCCACGAGGUGGAAGAAGUUCUUUUCCGCGUGCAUCUGCCCAAACACUUCAGCGCGCCCAACCUACCGGACUUAAAUAGAUCGCAGGUAUAUGCAGUCAAACAUGCCCUGCAGCGUCCAUUGUCCUUGAUCCAGGGCCCACCCGGAACUGGUAAAACCGUUACAUCUGCAACAAUUGUAUACCAACUUGUGCGUCAAAAUGGCGGACCAGUUCUGGUAUGCGCGCCGUCUAACACAGCUGUGGACCAGUUGACGGAGAAAAUCCACAGAACGGGCCUGAAGGUAGUGCGACUUUGCGCCAAGUCCCGCGAAGCUAUGGAGUCGUCAGUGUCUUUUCUGGCGCUACACGAACAAGCGCGUGCCCUGGGAUCGGCCGAUAGCGAACUGCGCAAGCUGACGAGACUGAAGGAAGAAGCUGGGGAAUUGUCCGCUGCAGACGAAAGACGUUAUCGUGCACUCCGGCGCGCCGCAGAGAGACGUCUCCUGGAUGCUGCUGAUGUCGUUUGUACCACGUGCGUUGGCGCAGGAGACCCGAGAGUGGCUCGGAUGCGCUUCCAAUCCAUCCUGAUCGACGAAGGCAUGCAGUCCACUGAGCCAGAGUGCAUGGUCCCAGUCGUACUUGGUGCGAGGCAACUCAUUCUGGUCGGCGAUCAUUGCCAGCUGGGUCCGGUGGUUAUGUGCAAGAAAGCCGCUAAAGCUGGCCUCAGCCAGAGCCUUUUCGAGCGUCUGGUAGUCCUCGGAAUUCGUCCUUUUAGGCUAGAAGUGCAGUAUCGUAUGCACCCAGAGCUGUCGCGUUUUCCAUCCGAUUUCUUCUACGAGGGCUCGCUUCAGAAUGGUGUGAGCGCAGAGGAGCGGCGUCUGCACAAAAUCGAUUUUCCCUGGCCGCGACCUGACAGGCCAAUGUUCUUUUAUGUCACCCAAGGGCAGGAGGAAAUCGCGGGAUCGGGAACGUCUUAUUUGAACCGAACGGAGGCCGCUAAUGUCGAAAAGCUCACAACUCGCUUCUUGAAAGCUGGCGUCCGCCCCGAACAGAUCGGAAUCAUAACUCCCUACGAAGGACAACGAUCUUAUUUGGUUCAACACAUGCAGUAUCAGGGCAGCUUGCACGCCAAACUGUAUCAGGAAAUAGAAGUGGCCAGCGUGGACGCCUUCCAGGGCAGAGAGAAGGAUAUCAUAAUAAUGUCUUGCGUUCGCUCGAACGAACACCAGGGAAUCGGAUUCCUGAGCGAUCCCCGUCGAUUGAACGUCGCGCUUACUCGCGCCAAGUACGGCCUGAUCGUCGUCGGCAACCCUAAGGUGCUCAGCAAACAGCCGCUAUGGAACCAUCUGCUCGCGUUCUACAAGGAACGGCGGGUGCUCACCGAGGGGCCGCUGUCCAACCUGAAAGAAUCUGCGAUUCAGUUCGCGAAGCCCAAGAAGCUGGUGAACGCGCAGAACCCCGGCUCGCACUUCAUGUCCACGUCCAUGUUCGACGCGCGCGAGGCCAUGGUGCCCGGCUCGGUGUACGACCGCGCGCGACCGCUGCGCGACCCGCUGGCCUAUGUGGGACCCGAGCGCGCCGCCAUGCUGCACGCGCCCGUGCCGCACGCGGCCUUUGCGGCGCAUCGCGGCCCGCAGCGCCUACCCGUGAACGGGGCGCGCGGCGCACGGCGCCGUCCACCACGACUGUCGCAGGAGCCGCUGUCGCAGCAGCCGCCGCUGUCGCUGUCGCAAGGCGCGUCGCAGCCCGACUUCAGCCAGGAGUCCGCGGCGCCCGACUGCCCGUCGCAGCCGGACGGGCUGCUGUCGCAAGACUCCACGUACCAGGGCGGAUUCCGCGCGCGCUGCAGCCAGUACUGAGAGACGCCGUCAGCCGCACGGCCGACUCACUCCUCCGGGCUCCGGGGAGCAAGCCACGGUACUGACGAGAGACGCCGACGCGCACCGCCCACCACCGCGCUCCGGCCGCGGGAGUAGACAGCGAGAGUCCCGGCGCGGCGGCGGGUCCGACGCGACCGCAGCGACGAGCGCCCGCGCGACUGGUUCCGAUGCGCGAGGGGAAACCUAAUCAUAAAUUACAGGAAUACAAAUAGGGACUUUCGAUAUCCAAACGUUUCGGGGAAUUUUACACCAGUACGUAACUCGCUAGAGCGACACCGAGACAUUUUAGUGUCUACCAUAUUGUUACGAUCAUGUCUAUGACCAUUAAGCACAAAAUUCGUGUGUAAACAUUACGAUUCUAUACUUAAAUGUUGUAACGCAAACACAGUGAAGUAGUACCUGAUGAAACCUAUGGUACAGAUUCUUAAAUGUUCGCCCUUUAGUAAUUUACUUCUUUAUUUUUAUCAUAACAUGAAGCAAAAACUUAGCAAGGUAGUACUUUUUUUUUUCAUUUAGGGCAAUCUUCAUUAAAAUGGUUUUGUUUCAAUUAUCAUUGAGGUAAGCAAUCAUUAAAAUCAAAGCUCUUUACAUAUAACAUAUAUUAGACAAUAUGUCAGCAAUAAAUACUUCAUUAUUUUUCCUUCAUAAAAGUCAAAUGUAAUUAACAGACAUCCAGACUGACAACGAAACAAACUACUCAGGAUUUUAUUGUCUUGUGAGAUAAGAGAUCUUAAUUAAAGAAACAUAUGAAAUGUUAAAGCAAAUGCAAGCCAUUAUUGCAGACACAUGUCAUAACUCAAUCCAUUUUGGUCAUUAUACAAAUAAAAAAUUUGUUACACAUAAAACAAGUAGGACCGACCAACAUUUGCAUCAUGUCACUUCUAUUUAAUAUUCUAGAAAUACAUCAUGUAUUGGUUUUCACUACAAACAUCAUUUCCUGUAUAAGUUAUGUUAUUUUCUAAUCAGUUAUUGGGAGCAGUCAAUAAUUGAUUUAAAACAAUUAAACAAGAUAUAUAUAUAUAUAUUAUAUGUAUAAAAUGCAUGUAAAAAAAAUUGUUAACACUGUUUUAUUUUUCUAAAAUGUAUAUUUUACACUGUAAAAAGCUGUAGUUAUUAUCCCAGCUAAGUAGUUUUAUUUUUUUGUAACAUAAUAUGUAUUAAUGAAUGUUACAUGUUUUGUGUAGAAUUUUACAUCAUGGGAGGAAAUAAAAUGUGUAAAUGUCAAAAAGCACCUAAGUAUAUUGUAACUGGGUAUGAAUUCAACUUACUGUUGUAGUGUACUUUACAUUGUUUUCAAAUUCGAAAUCUUAUCUCUUUUUUUUUUUACUGAAAAUGCUCAAUACACUGAUGUUUUUAUUUUGUGAAGGAAA